AGGAAGAAAGCUGCGGUCCGCUUGAGUUUGACGCCAGGCAUGUGGCAUCCUCAGCACAGCGCAGAACCAAAAUAGAGCCGGGAACUUCAGGAAAAGGGGACUGCAAGGAGAAGGGAAGCGUUAAUUCCCAGCCAUGAAUCCCAGCGGCUCUCUACGGAGGCGUUUGUCCUCCAUUCGCGAUGCUUGGAGGUGGAGUACAGGUUACCUGUUCAAGGGCUCAACCAAAUCCUCCAAGAGCAUGGAGUCUCGACGUAGACCAUCUAGGAGCUUGAGUUUGAUCCAGGCCAUGGAGGAAAACUAUGAGGUGGACCUGGUCUACAUCACAGAGCGCAUCAUUUCUGUGACCUUCCCCAGUAAUGUAGAAGAGCCGAGCUACAGCGCUAACAUAAAGGAGGUCGCCACCAUGCUACGCUCCAAACAUGGUGACAACUACUUGCUCUUCAACCUCAGUGAAAAGCGCUAUGAUAUCUCCAAGCUAAAUCCCAAAGUGCUGGAUUUUGGCUGGCCGGACCAUCAUGCUCCAGCCCUGGAUAAGAUCUGCAGCAUCUGCAAAGCCAUGGACACUUGGAUGAACGCUGACAGUCACAAUGUGGUGGUCUUACACAAUAAGGGAAACAGAGGUCGAACAGGGGUGGUUGUGGCUGCGUACAUGCAUUACAGUAACAUAUCAGCGAGUGCAGACCAGGCUUUGGACAGGUUUGCCAUGAAGCGCUUUUAUGAAGAUAAAGUGCUUCCUGUAGGUCAACCCUCCCAGAGAAGGUACGUGCAGUAUUUCAGCGGUCUGCUCUCUGGUCACAUCAAGAUCAACAACAAGCCCCUGUUUCUGCACCACGUCAUCAUGCACGGGAUCCCAAACUUCGAGUCCAAAGGAGGUUGCCGCCCUUUCCUCAAGAUCUACCAGGCUAUGCAGCCCGUCUACACAUCUGGGAUCUAUAACGUCCAAGGAGACAGUCAGACCAGUAUCUGCAUCACCAUUGAACCCGGCCUGCUUCUGAAAGGAGACAUCCUGCUCAAGUGUUAUCACAAGCGCUUCCGCAGCCCAUCCCGUGACGUCAUCUUCAGAGUGCAGUUUCACACCUGUGCUGUCCACGAUCUGGGCAUCGUCUUCGGCAAAGAUGAGCUUGAUGAAACAUUUAAAGAUGACAGAUUUCCUGAAUAUGGAAAAGUGGAAUUUGUCUUUUCUUUCGGCCCAGAAAAAAUCCAAGGAAUGGACCACCUUGAGAACGGGCCCAGUGUUUCUGUGGACUACAAUACCCAGGAUCCUCUGAUUCGCUGGGAUUCUUACGAGAACUUCAACCAGCGCUGUGAAGAUUCAGCGGAGGACGUUAUUCACACACAAGGUCCACUUGAUGGUAGUCUCUACGCUAAGGUUAGGAAGAAAGAGUCUCUCGACGGCGGGGUCACAACCAAUGGUCUCCCAGCCACUGCUGAUCACACUUUACCUGCUGUUGACCACACUCUACCACCAGUUGACCACGCCUUGUCUGUAAGCAGUGACUCGGGCAACUCUACCGCUUCCAUAAAAACUGACCGCACGGAUGAAGCCAGCCAUCAGCCGGCCUUGGUGAGUCAGCCGUCCUCCCAGCCCCUGAGCCCAGAGGAAAAACAGGAGCUGGACCAGUUGCUCAGUGGUUUGGAAGCACCAAUGCAUCGAACAGGUUACCAAAGCAGCUCUGGCAGUGGGGGAGGCGGCGUCCUACACCUUGUCCCUGCCCAGGUUCAUGUUAAUGGACACAACAACAUAGACCGUGAGACAGAUAUCCUUGACGAUGACCUGCCCAACAGCCAGGAAGGGAACAGUGUGGACAGUCUCGGAACCCUCUCGUCUUUUGAGGGCAGAGCCACUCCAGCAGAUCUCUACUACCAGUCAGAGACAGUCAUUAAUGGACAAGAUACUCCCUACUUGGAGAAAAAGACAGAGCCUAAAGUCCACAGCUCCUCAUCUGUCCAAGAGCACUUAGGAUCUUCUAGUGGCUACUCAAAAAACCAAAAUGGCAACAUCUACCGUUCUCAAUCAUUAGGGGCAACUCCAACCACGGAGCAGAAGUGCAUGCCCAAAGCUCCUACACGCACAACCAGCAGUAGGGAUGCAGUACAAAGGGGACUGAAUGUGUGGCAACAGUACGGUGUUCCUGAGGUCCCAGUCACAGAUGGGGUCACUUUCAAUCCUGUACUACAAUCCCACAGCCUUCCAGAGUUUCCUCACAUGGCAUCUCAGAAAGAAAUCGAGCAGUCCAUUGAAGCCCUCAACAUGCUGAUGCUGGACCUGGAUCCAGCACUUACUCAAGUCCCCAAGUCCCACAGUGCUCCAUCUGGAGAAGGUGGAGUGGUCACCACCCAACCAUCUUUCUCUCAAACCCAAGCACGGCCAUCCUACCAAGCAGAUGCAACCAUUUAUGACCGAGGUGGCAUCUCUUCAGCGGGAUACCCUUUGACCUUUCAACAGGUAGCCGCAGAGCCUCCACAGCCCUCCAUGAACCAACAGAGACCAGCCAUGUCCCAGCAUACUGCAUUCCCUUCUGAGACAGAAGGUCAGGCUCCUAUGUCCCAGUCCACAGUGCCUUCCUCCACCUUUGGGGUUCUCCAGUUGAAACCUCUCAAUAUUUACCCUCCAAGUACCACGUCCCAGUCCCCUGAGCCUCAGGAGAGCCAGCGUAGCUAUUCUGCCUCCUCAUCCCCUUUGCCUAAAGAGACUGAACCAGAAGAUGCCAACUACAAAUUGGAUGGUCUUGUAGCUCACCGUGUAGCUGAAUACACUGCUCGUAUACGAGGCAUCAGUGACAGGCAGAACCUUCCUGAGCUCGGCCACCGCCGCCGCUCUUUCUCCUUCAGUGGAGUUCAGUCUGGUGAAAUGUCACCAGAUGAGGCUUCGGUUCCUGGACGGUGCCGGACCCUCAGUGAAGGCCUUUCCCAAGAUGACAGCCCAACCCGAGGAAGCUUGGUCCGGUCCCCCAUCCGCUGUAUCUCACCCGAACUGGCCAAUACCAUUGCUCUGAAUCCUGGGGGGCGGCCCAAGGAGAGACACAUGCACAGCUACAGAGAAGCGUUUGAGGAAAUGGAUGGGGGUCCUGUCAGCCCCCCUCCGAUUGUUGGUGGUGAGGCCCUACCCCAAACCCCUGCCUUCCCUGUCUCGCCACAAACCCCUUACUUCAACCUGAGUCGAUCUCCUCCUGGACUGGCUAAAACACCACUGUCCUUCCUGGGCUUGAAGCCCCACAACCCUGCUGAGAUACUGCUCAACCAGACCGGCUCAGAGAGUGAGGAUGAGGAAGAGCCUCGUAGCUAUGUCGAGUCUGUGGCCAAAGCAGCUGCAAGUGGUCCACCAGCUUCACCUGUGUCUUCAACAUAUGACAGCGACAGCUUAGCUCGUCCAACCGGGCCGUCCCAUGCAUACAACGCUCCUCUUUCUUCCAGCAGCCCCAUUCAGAUCCCAGAUGCAGUUGAAAGCACAUUGACCGAUAGCGGGGUGGGGUUGAAUUCUCUUUCCCAGGCUGCUGUCGACUCCGUCCUUCACUCCCAGCCCUCCGAAAGCACAUAUCAAACACCCACACCCUCUUACCCCACUUCUAGCAGCAUGUUGGGUGGCUACACUGCCCCUGAUAUCAGCCCGUCUCUACCAGAGGCUAUGCAAACCACCAUCCAGCCACUUGCUGGAAGCCCUGGCACAAGAUACCAAGCCGUCCUGCCAGACGUGACGUCCGCUCCCAGCCUCCAGCACAGGCUACCUAAUCAGGACGGCCCUGUUAUGGGCCGACAGCCGACCUCCGCUAAUGGUCAUCUGCCUGGAAUGCCUGGUAGUCCCCUGCAAGGAAGACAGGCAAUGGUGUCCCAGGGAACUCAGAGCAGCCCCAUGCUGUCCAGACAGUAUCCUGUCACCCACGGGACUCAGAGCAGUCCGAUUCUCAGCAGGCAACCUAUGGGACAAGCCAUCCAAAGCAGCCCGGUCCUCAACCGACAACCGUCCCUGAAUCAACCAAUCAUUCUGCCAAACCAAAGCAGCCCGGUAUUGAGCAGACAGCCAUCUGUUACCCAACCCAACCAGAGUAGCCCGGUUCUGAGCAGGCAAUCCUCACUUACACAUCCCAGCCAGGGCAGUCCGGUUCUGGGACGUCAUCCGUCCCUAACACAGGGUAGCCCCAGUCUGGACAGACACCCGAUGUACAGUGGCUACACCACUCCUGAAGAGCGGCACGGGGCCCUUUCACGCCAAAGCAGUUCCUCUGGAUACCAGCCGCCAUCUACACCUUCUUUCCCAGUGUCUCCAGCGGGAUACAUAGAUGGAGUGGGAUAUAGACAGGGCAGUCCUGCCCCUCAACCUCAGCUUCCCGAAAAGAGACGCAUGUCCAACAGCGAUCGCUCAAAUGGUGGACUGUCCUACGGAACGCUCAACGGUAAGAUGUCCUCACCGGUGUCCAGUGGCGGCAGCACACCAAGCGUCCAUUUCUUCCACACGCUCCCUGACUUCUCCAAACUCAACAUGUGUGAUGGAAGUCCAGAGACCAGGAUGAAUGUGAAGUUUGUCCAGGACACUUCCAAAUUCUGGUAUAAACCAGACAUCUCCAGAGACCAAGCGAUCAGCAUGCUGAAGGAUCAAGAUCCUGGAGCCUUUGUCAUUCGGGACAGUCAUUCUUUCAGAGGAGCCUACGGCUUGGCCAUGAAAGUUGCCUCUCCACCUCCGACCGUGCAACCUACAAAGAAAGCUGGAGACGUCACUAACGAGCUGGUGAGACAUUUUCUGAUCGAGACGAGUCCCAAAGGCGUGAGACUGAAGGGCUGUCCUAAUGAACCGUACUUUGGCUGCUUGUCUGCACUGGUCUACCAGCACUCCAUCACUCCACUGGCUCUACCCUGCAAACUAGUCGUACCAACCAGAGAACCUCUGGAGGAGUCGCCUGAGAUCGCAACGCCAACAAACCCGGCGGCUGAGAUGCUCAAACAGGGCGCAGGGCAGAAGAGUCCAGCUGACUCCCAUGCAUGCAAUGUCCUGUACAUAAACUCUGUGGAUAUGGAAUCUCUGACUGGGCCUCAGGCCAUCGCCAAAGCCAUCUCAGAAACCAUGACAGCCAGUCCGACACCUUCAGCCACCAUCGUUCACUUCAAGGUGUCGGCACAAGGCAUCACGCUCACUGACAACCAGAGAAAGCUUUUCUUCAGACGCCAUUAUCCCAUCAGCACAGUCACGUUCUGCGACAUUGAUCCACAGGAGAGGAAGUGGAGCAAACCAGAGGGUGGCACUGCAAAGUUCUUUGGCUUUGUGGCCAGAAAGCAAGGCAGCACGACAGACAAUGUCAGUCACCUGUUCGCCGAGAUGGAUGCCGAUCAACCGGCCACGGCCAUUGUCAACUUCGUCUCUAAAGUGAUGAUCAGCUCUCAGAAGCGGUGAACUCUUCCCGCAGCGCUGCUUUCUGGAGGACUUUCGUUGUUGUUGUGUUUGAAUUCUUUUGAAGUUUCUGUUCUUUUUUUUUCGUUCUCUAUGUUUGGGUGAGAGGCUGUGUGUAUGUGUGAGGAAGGGUUAUUCGGAUGGCAGUGAGGAAGAGGGACAGAGGAAGUGCAGUGUGGGUGUAGAGGAGUGAAGUACAGAGGGGAGGUGAUCAUCAUCUCGUGAGGGGACGUGGAAAUGAUGUUGGUGAUUUCGUUGCUUUUUUUUUUUUUUUUUAAGAAAAAAGGAAAAGAAAAAGUAAAAAAAAAGGUUGACGAGGAGGCUGAAAUGUGGGGCUGAUGUACCAAAGAUAAGAGAGCAGUCAGGACAAACCAAUCAUUAUUCAAGCGUCCUUGUAUAUCUUGGUAAACGGCUGCUUCGUUAAAACUGUACAUAUGAACUGAAGCAUCACCUCUUUUCCUUCUGAAUGCGGCUCCUGUUUCUCACGCUACAAGUGCAAGACCUUUGCAUAAGCCAAGAGUCCACUUUGGAUAAACUCAAAAACGUUGAGGGGAUGUUACAAGUCCCUUGCAUGUAACAGACUGGCAGAAGAUACAAGUAAGAUUUAGAAAUUCCCAUCCUCAAAGAUGCUCUUCUUAGAGAACAUGGGACGCUGGAGUUUUUGUUUCAGUAAUUCAGCGUCUCCAUUCACAGGUCCAUAAAUGUCCAGCUGUUGCCAUUAGGAAAGUCUUAAUUUUCAUAUAUCAACUGAGGAAAGUGCAAUACGGUGGCUUUUGAAGUCAGACCGACGGGUGUAAAAAAAAUGCAGGUAUUAAAAAGAUGCUCAUCUUUGUCUGGGUGCAGCUGUUUCCAUAACCACAUAUUUCGAGUUUCUGUAGCGCUUUAUACAAUACGGAUUGAUCGUUUUAAAGCAGCUGCACAGUAAUGCACUGUGCAGGAAAUUUCAGAAUUAAAUUGUCAAAAUGAACUAAUUAUGGAAGAACCUACAUUUUGGCUGUAAACCUACUUUAAAGAAGAUAAUAGAUUGGCUCGGUUCAGUGCUGAAAAGUUCAGCAGUAUUUAAUAUGAAUUCAAAGGCAGCUCUAGAGAAGACAGUGAUGUUAUUAACCAGCUCAAUUCAGGUCUCAUCGGAUAGUCAGUGCAGUCAAACUGAUAAUGGUUUUCGGCGACAGUGGCAAGGAACCAAAACUCCCAUCAUGAAUCAAAACGUUGCAUUCAGCUCCUUCCACUCGGAAAAAGUGGACAGUAAUGGAUGGCGUCUGAUUCGAAAUGCUGUUCUAUUGCACUUUCCAAGCAGGUAGCUGUAACCUCAAUAACACAAUAUCUUCUCGAGAUCUUAUCUCCCGGUCAGCAGUUGUUUAGCGUCCAUGAGCCGCUGCUGUGCUCUCUUCUCUUCAGGUCUGAGUGUGUAUCAUUGUGUGGAUCUGUCACUGUCGCUUCAAACACACUCACACCAUCAUUCUACCCCAAAGUAAGCUAAGUAUAUAUAUAUAUAUAUAUAUAUAUAUAUAUAUAUAUAUAUAUAUAUAUAUAUAUAUAUAUAUAUAUAUAUAUAAAUACAUCAGAAAGUGAUUUUACUGAAUAUUUAUUGUAUUAUUAUGUUUUUGCUACUUUUUGUUUUGCUCCAUGUUAACUCAUUUACCCAUAGAUAUAUUGUAUAGUCUACAUAAAGAUUAGCCUCCAAAAGAAAUAAUCUUUAUUUUGGCUAAUAUUACAAAAUCGUGAGAUUUUGAGAAGCGUUCUUAUGAUAUAUGGUGUAAAGUGUAUGUAUUUGGAAAGCUUUGUCAUUAUUGGAUAUUUUCUCACGUCGCUUUCCUUUAGCUUUAGAUCGACAUAGACUUCGCUCGCGCGUACGUAAGGAUUACGUCCUAAAGUUUCUUCGGAUAAAGUGAGUUGGCCGAUGCGUUUACUGCAAGAGGCUUUGUGUAAAGAGAAGUGAGGAAGCGUCUUUAUUUUUGUAUUAUUGUUAUUAUUUUGGCGCCCUUUCCCUCCCAGUGUUUAGCCCUCGGUGAAACCCACUCGCGGUGACUCUCUCAGGCAGAAUUCAGUAUUGUUUUAUACUGCCAUCGUGAGGCGCUGUCGGGUAUUGCCAGCGAUAUCGGCAUCUAUGCAUCCUCUACAAACUCCCUUAAGAUUCACGGAACCGUUCUGAACCCUCAUUAAAUUUAGAUGAAAAGUAAUACUGCAGUGUUUUAACUGUGAUUCGCAGAAAAAGUACCCCCACUUCUUUAGGUUAAGUGCCACCCUGAAAACUGUCCUGCGUCUCCCCGAUUAGGGCGUCUUGCUUUUGUGUAUGUAAAUACUUCAUUUUUUUUAUUUUGCCAAAGAUUUUAUUUCACGUUUGUACGCCUUAGUUUGAGAAUUGAUCACUGUCUGGUCGUGUGCGAACGGCGGUUUUUUAGCACGGGGGCGGGGGGGUCUGUUUUGACUCGAAGCACAUGCUAUACGGCGUGCUCCACUGUGUUUGGUCGCCAUGUUUUCCCCGGUGUUUAGCCUUACAAAACUGCUCCAAAAGAAUGCAAAGCACUUAAUGAUCAAGAGCUGAAAAAAGAGCAAAAUAUCAAAUAAACAUGACCGCUUCAGUUAUCCUAAGAGCAAAACCAUGUUUGCGCUGGAAGCGUCCAGCGACGUGAGGCUCGAGGCCGCGCUUCAAUCCAAAGUGGAAAGUGAUAAAUAAGAUGCAAUUUUGCAUUUGGUUAGAUGGUUUAAAAUUGACUUCGAGUCCAGUUAUUUAACAGUUAGCUAAUUCACGUGCAUGAAAUUUGCAAUUGAAAUGAUCUGAUUUCAGAUUGAAGUCAUCCACGUUGGUGGUGCUGGACGCGUCUGGUGUAAACAGGGUGUAAGAGUGAUGAUGCACACAAGAAUAUAUAUUUACUUGCUUUGCUUGACUUUCUGGAUAUUUCAUUCGGUGCGCAGGCUUAGAUAAACGACACGAACCACACAGAAAUUACGAGGUUUUUACAUUUACCUGAAAACAUUUAGGCAGUCGGAGAAAAGAGACCUUUCAUCAGAAUCAACUCCCCACUCUUCCAUGUAUUAGUCAGCGGUGUUGUGUUAUUAUAUUUUUUUAUGUCCACUCGUUAACAGACUUAGAAUGUGUGAAUGAGCUACUAUUGCUGUACAGAACCACGUCGUUUUAUUUGCUUCAUGUUUUACAGCCUCAUUGUAUUGUUUUGGCAAAAAAAAUAAAAAAUACAUUAAAGAGCGAUCCAAAUCAGUUACAUUAAAGUACACUGUUGCUAGAAA